AUAAAAACUGCGAAACAAGGGGAAAAAUGUGGUGGAUAUGGAUAAAGACAAAAAUAAUGGGAGAGGAAAUAGUGAGAAAAUAGAAAAAGGAAACAAAAACUGUAAAAACAUUGUAUUUCUUAAUAAGAAGUGAUUUGUUUAUUGGGAAUUGAAGAGGUAAUCACGUGACUGUGUUGAAUCUGUCUGUUUGGCUGUCUGCCUGCUUUGGCUCCUGUUGCUUUUGUGUUGCGACCAAAACACAUGGCAAUUGAUGUGGUUGUUCAGCCAAUUUUACUCUGAUAUAUUAGUUUAAACGAUGCAGAAAACGAAAUAAGAAAGAAACGCACUCGAAAAACCUUUAAUCUCCGCUAAUUGUUUCUUCAGAGACGUGUGUUUGCAGCAACAGGGAAUGCUACUGGCUUACAACACCACAAAUUUAUAUACUUAUAUUAUUAUUAUAUGUCUCUGUAUUAUAUAAAGAAAAAAUCCAGGAUCUUUAUUGCUUUUAUGUGAAAGAAGAUUUAUGAAUGCCAGCUCUAUAUUAGACAUUCCCACAAACCGAAGGAAAUCUCCUUACAAUGAUGUCCCAACCACAGAACCAGUCUUUCAUUGAAGUUCGUUGCUGUGGUCGUCUCUUGAUGAGGGUCAAGCACAGCUAUAGAUGUAUGGUUGAGAAGCUUCAUUCUGGGUCACGAGUUCAGUCCUACUGUGUGGCAACUGUCUUUACUGCAGCCCCUGGCCAACCAAAACAUUAAUCUUGCACAGUUAAAGGAAUGGAUAUUCGCCGACCUAAAAUGUUAGCUGGUCGAGAACAUCCAGCUUACAAAAACAAGCAACAUUCAGAGCAAGCUUUUGAAAAACUAAAUCAAAUGAGAAAAAUGGGGAAGUUGUGUGACGUGACCUUGCUUGCUGGAGAUACUGAAAUACUGGCUCAUCGUGCUGUGCUUGCCUCUUGUAGUCCAUACUUUUAUGCCAUGUUUAAUGCUGAAAUGGCUGAAUCGAAAGCCGAGAAAGUGACCUUGCACCAAAUCGAUCCCGCUGCCUUAAGUAUGUUGAUUGACUUUGUGUACACAUCUGAAAUACAUGUAACUGAAGACAAUGUACAGACUUUGUUGCCAGCCUCUAAUUUACUCCAAUUAACUGAAGUCCAAGAAGCUUGCUGCGAAUUUUUGCAAAGUCAACUUCAUCCUUCCAAUUGUCUUGGCAUCAAAGAUUUUGCUGAUCUCCAUGACUGUACAGAACUUCUCAACUAUACACAGACCUACAUAGAACAACAUUUCAGCGAAGUUGUUUACUAUGAUGAAUUUCUAUCACUAACAGCUUGUCAAGUGUCCAAGCUUAUUGCUAGUGAUAGACUUACAGUUCCAUCAGAGGAACAGGUGUUUGAGGCUGUCCUGUCUUGGAUCGAACAUGAUACAGAAAAUCGACAACUUAGCAUUGCUGAACUGAUGGAACACGUUCGUUUACCAUUGAUGUCUCAAGAGUUUCUCGUGCAGCGAGUUGAAUGCGAACCUAUGAUUAAAUCCAACACACAAUGUAAAGAUCUUUUAAUUGAAGCCAUGAAGUACCACCUCCUCAAAGCAGAACAGAAAGCACUUUUUAAGACACCAAGGACUUUACCAAGAACUCCAAUUGGAUUGCCAAAGGUGUUACUGGUUCUUGGAGGACAGGCACCAAAAGCAAUAAAAAGUGUAGAAUGUUAUGAUUUUAAAGAAGAACGUUGGUAUCAGUUGGCCGAGAUGCCUAUCCGUCGGUGUCGUUGUGGUGUGGCUGUUGUUAAUGGUUUGGUUUAUGUUGUGGGUGGCUUCAGUGGUUCACUGAGAGUACGGACAGUCGAUGCCUACGACCCUGUCAAAGACGUCUGGAUCACAUGUCAGAGUAUGAAAGCCCGUCGAAGUACAUUAGGAGUUGCCUUACUAAAUGAUCUCAUCUACGCAGUUGGUGGCUUCGAUGGUUCGUCAGGACUUGAUGGUGCUGAAUGUUAUGAUGUAAAGACAGGCCUGUGGAAAUCAGUUGCACCAAUGAGUAUCCGAAGAAGCAGCGUUGGAGUAGGAGUCGUGGGAGGUUUCCUUUACGCAGUCGGAGGGUAUGAUGGUUGUUCCAGACAAUGUUUAAGUACAGUGGAAUAUUUUGACCCGGAAGCAAACUGUUGGCACCCUGCUGCAGAAAUGUCUUGCAGAAGAAGCGGAGCUGGUGUAGGAGUUGUAGAUGGUUUAUUAUAUGCAGUUGGGGGUCACGAUGGACCCCUUGUACGCAAAAGUGUAGAAGUUUACAACCCACAAACCAAUACGUGGAGUUUAGUGGCAGACAUGCAUUUUUGUCGUAGAAAUGCUGGAGUUGUGACAAAUGAAGGUCUUUUGUAUGUGAUUGGAGGAGAUGAUGGCUCUUCAAAUCUGGGCUCUAUUGAGUGCUACGAUGCCAAACUCAAUAAAUGGACCUUAUUGCCUUCAUGUAUGGUAACAGGACGAAGUUAUGCAGGGGUUGUUGUGAUUGAUAAGCCUAUCACAUAACAGACCGUCAUCGCUUAACGAAAACAUGUCUUUUACAGAAAAAAAAAACUAUAAACUUUGAAAUAUCCUGGUGACAAAUGAAUGAAGAAUAUUCAGAAAUGAUGCAGUGAGUGAGAAAUUCUGUCCAUUGCUGACCACUAUUUACAACUGUUGAGUGACAAAUACACACACACACACCUGCAAAUUACUUGAGUAAAGAACUCUGAAAAUCUGCCAGAUAAUCUCAUUUAUACAUAUGUGUGUAUGUAUAGGUCUGUAGACACAGACGUGUGUGUGUGUGUAUAUAUAUAUAUACAUACACACAUAUACACAGUCAGGAAAGCAUCACAAAAGUAAUGUUUGUCUUUGUUUUUAUCUUUGUCUGUCAACGGUGACAACCCCUAAAAGGGUCUGGUUUCCUGUCAAUUCCUCCUGGGUCCGUCUUGAGGGAUAAAAAAUGUAAAAAAGAUCAAGAAGAAAAAAGAAAUGAAAUGUGAAUUUAUUUUUAUAAAAAAAUGUUUGUGCAAUUAUAAUCUAUGAUAAUUUAUUUAUGAUCAUCAUCAUCAUUAUCAUCAUCAUCAUCCUCAGUAUAAAAACUAAUGACUUAAAUUCUAUGCAUUUUCUGUUUUAAUAAAAAGAAAUAAAUUUCAGAAA